CGGCCCGGGCAGGAAAACCCUCCCAACCCGCCGGGCCCACGGCGGCAGCGACGGGGGCUUAGGAAUCGGCUGCUCCUCCUCCGCCAGAGCGAAACGUGGUGUCCGCAGGGACCCGCUGGCGUGACGGAGCCCAGGCCUGGGAGGCGCGGCGAGGGGCUCGCGAGCUGCGGGAACUUGGCGCAGGAGCCCCUUCCUCUCCCAGCGUGCACGGGGAAAGUGGGCAUGCACAUUGUGUCCGCGCCAGGAGUUUGGGGGACAGAGGUGCAGGGGCGGCAGGGAACUGGGGCAAGUGCAGUCGAGGCCUAGGUUGGAGCGUCUCGCGCGGGCGGCAGGCGGGCUAGCGUAGAGUCGCCUCGCCCCGCGCACCCCGGCGCUGCUGGCACACCUCAGACCUGUCAUCCGCCUCGCCCGCCCCCGCACGCCCGCGCUGCUGUGGCCAGCCUGGCCUCGCCGGUGCAGUCAUCCGCGGUACCUGUGCGCAACGCUGGAACUCAGGGUUUGCCUGGGCUCUGCAUAUGGCCGGCUUGGUGGAGCUGGUCACAUCCUCCUCUCAAGUCGCACAUGCAGGAGCGUGUGCUCCGGGUUGCACCUCUGAGGGCCCGCACCCAGGCCUCUGGGUAAAGGCUGUGGGAAGCAGGGGAACCUGGUGUGUCCUGAGGCUUUCAAGCUUCCAUCCCACAGCAGGUAGACCUGGAGGAGGUACCUGCCACCCAAAGUGUAGGCCACGGUUUUCCCAGCCUAGCCUCCAGUGAGAGCAGCUGGAAAGAUGAAAGGGGAAGUUCCGUGCCCCAUUUAAAACUUUGUUGGUCACAACUUCGGUGGCUUCUUCCUGUUUCCACCAUCCCACGUGGGCCCUGUGUGCUAGCCAUGGAACCUCGCUUAGGGGGUAGCAGGAAGGGGGAAGAGCUGGCUGGCCCUGGCUGGCCAGGAGGCCUCUGUGGCACGUGUGUGCGGGGAAUCCCUGUUGGCAGCUGUGGUUGGGGGAGCAGAGGUCUGGCUCACCCCAACAGGGGGAGCCUGGCCUGGAGGUCUGGGCUGUCCUUGUCCCCUGUAGCAUCAGGAUUGAGACUGGAGGCCUGGUGGGGGUGGAAGGAGAACUGAAGCUCUGAGGAGAAGCCAGUCUUCCCCAGGGAUCCUUGGCUGAGGGGAGACACCACUUGUCUUGCUGCAGAGCCUCCCAGGGAAAGUGUGGCACAUGCCCCUUUAGGAUCAGAGAGUUGCACCCUUUCCACAGGUGUUACAUGAUUUCGGGACCAAGAGGAGAGGAGAAACCUUCUCAGGUGGACAGUUUAUGAGUCCUCUUUUUCCUACUACACUGAAUAGUGAAUAACAGAGGUAUAAGCAUUCAAUUACCUUGAUGAACCAUCUCAUUGCAUGGCCCUGGUCCAGUCUCCACUGUAAUUGAAUUGGCCUCUGGCUGGUUACUCUGGUCUGUGUCACUCCCAGGGGACAAAGGGGUAAAGAACCUGGAGGAAGCCCCCAGGUCAUACAGCUUGCUCUGGAACAGGCUACCCACUGCCAGUGUGACUUCUCCAAGUGCUAGUCGAGCCCGUGCUCCCCAUAGCUCUGUCAGUCUCUCACCCCACCCCAGGAAAUAGUGCCCUGGAGUGCCCACAGGGAUGAAACUUAACUUUUAAACAGGGGACUUAAAAAUAGCCUCAGUCUUUGACCUUGUGGGCUGCUGCUUUCAAUAAAUGGGAAAAAAAAAGAAAAGACAACAUGCAGUUACUGACUCAGCUGAGAGCCUCCUGUGGCCAUAGAACCAAGACCUCUGGGAGAAGACAAGAAGGGGAAUGGGCCCAGUCCAGGAAUCUGUGGCCUUGAUAGCCCCUCUCCUACAGUUGGGUCUCCCAGAAGAAAACCUUACCCAUGGUGGGGAUGGGGACAGCCUCAAGUGACUGGGAGAUUCCUGCUUAUCCUUCUAGUUCUAUUUCGGAUGCCACUUCUGAAGGUCUUAGCCGCCCUCUGAGCACUCAUUUGCAUCAUAUGUAGUUAUUUGUGCACAUGCUGCAGCAUGGUGGUCAGAAACAUAGACUCAGAGCUGGGCUCUAUACAGUAUCUCCUUCAUAGAGUUGCUGCGGGGGUUCUGUUGAUAUGCUUAAAAUGCUUAAAGCAUGUUUCAGUAUUACAGUAGCCUCUGCUCUCCUGUAAGCUUUGUGGUGUUCCCUCAAUGCCUGGCACCUAUAAGAGUUUAGUGCAUGUUAGUUGAACAAAUGAGUGAAAGAUCUCCAUCAAAACAAUGUGGAUUUGGCAUGUGUUGGGUCCAGUGAGUCCCUGCUGCUGGGACCUCCUCACACUGCACCAUUGGUUGCCAAAGGGUCAGUCCACCAUGGGUAAUUCUACUGCUGGUGAACCUAGUUCUCUGGCACUGCCCUGUAGCUGGCCUUGGAGUACAUGUCCCGGUCAUCUUGAUCUGAACCCAAGGGGACCUCAGGAUGAAAGAGUUGUGGAGCCACCUGCCUGGGAAUCUGCUAACCUGGGCAUUUCCUUUGGCCAAGGCAAGGCUGGCACCCUUCCUGUGUGUGCAGGCGUGCAUCUGUCCAGAAGCAGCCUCACGAGCUGGGUUCUUCCCUGACUCACUGCAGGCUUCAGGAAGUGUAGCCAGUGGUUGCAUUCUGUUGGAGGGGUUGCUUCUGCACGGUAGAACUCUGACUCCGAAUGAGAUUGCGUGCUGGGCUGGGGCUAGGUGGAGUAUGCUGAAAUCCACAGUUCUUACUAAGGGAUUUGCAUUUGCAUUCGAAGCAACAUUCAGGAUACCGUGAGACUGUGAGCUCAUUUUAUGAAUCAGAAAGCAUUACAGCAUAACUUUGGUGUUGGAAACUGCUAUUUGGAAUCUAGAUCACCCUCCCUCCACCCCAGUACACAUGGGCCCUCACAGUCACACACUUGGGAGCAAUAACAAUCAGUGGGGGCAUCAAUUCGGAUUCCAGAGCCAUCAAGCAAAACUCAUCCACACCCACUUCCUCCCCCACACUCAAAACACCAUUCCUGGAUGGUGUGUGGACAGUCACCCGGGCAGUGACUGAAGGAAGCCUGGUGGGUACGUGGGAAUGAGGCCUGGGCAGGCCCGGGUUCAUACUCCAGCUUCUUCACUUGCAGUGUGGCUUUGGGCAUUGCUUAACUAACUUCCUGGGCCUCAGUUUCCUCAUUCUUAAAAUGGGGACAAUGAUAGCACUUCAUAGGCUGUGAAAGUUAAACAAGACUAUGUGUGCAAAGUGACUGGCACAUAUUAGGUACUCAACAGAUGGUAGCUGUCAUUUUACCAGUUCCCACUAGGUCCAGCUCCUGUUCGCGUUUUGCUCCUACCAGGAAGAGAAAAUGAAGAAUGAGGGCCUGUGGUAGGAAAGCAGUCUCCCAGGCCAUUGGGGCUUAUGUAAAUGAAGCUCAUUUUCUAAGUCCCUAGGCCGUGGGCACAACUGUGUGGUCCACUCCCCCCAGACCAGCUGAGACCCUGGUGCCUGUGUGCCUCUGAGAGGGACUCUGUCUCUGCAGCUGAGGGAUCAAGGGCUCAGCUUCCCAGAGAUCUGAUUGUGCUCUCAGGAACCUACCCACCCAGGCCCCAGGCUGAACUGCUCACGUGGGCGGGAGGAAGGCCGCUCUCUCAGCCAAGAAAAAGUCCCCUUGUUUUUGCUUCACCUGAAGCCUCACAGUGUGACCUUCAUAGAGGUUUGGGUGGAGCUAGGGGUGGGAGUUGUUCCUCCAAAGACCACUUUGGCUCUUUCACCAAUUAUAAUUAGGAGCAGGACGACGGGAGCACGAAGAUAUUAUAUAAGAAGAAAAUUGCCACAUGUCAGGAAAGAGCUGAGGUUUUGCAGGGGUGGAGACGGGGGUCUCCCAGAGGGAAGCCAUUGCUGGAGGAGGGGCGCUGGGGGCUGGAGGCUUCCCUGGCAGUCGUUCUUUCUCUUGCUCUUCCUGGAAUGCAGCCCGGCACUGUGGCCAGCCAGGGAAGGUGCUCCCCGUUCCCUCUGCCUUUCUCCUAGCCGCAGGGAGCUCAUCGUGAGAGUGUUUUUUCCAGGCAGUGCUUCUUCCUCCAGGAGUCCCUGGAAGGGGGGGAGCCAGGGCAAGGUUUAUCCGUGUUAAAGCUCAGAGAGGGGGAAGUAUUCUGGGCUUGCAGCCAGAAGGGGGUUCCCUCCGAGGCCACCCAACUUCUCUGGGGAAGUGAGGUCCAGAAAGGAAAGCAAAUGGUGAGGGAUUUCGAUCCCCAGCUUUUCCCAGUAGUUGGGCAGAGGCCCCAGUGCAGCCUGCUGUUGCCAGAACUUGCCAGGUCUUUGGAGAGAAAGGCCCCUCAGAGCUGAGAAAGGGGCUUAAGUGAGAGUGUAUGUGUGCUGGCCCUCCAUCCUCCACCUCCUCCUCCCAGCUGCUGGCUGCUCCUGGGACCAGUGCCUGGCUGCCGCUCAGAUCCCCCUCCACACCUGACCUUGCUCUGUCUGAAGCCCCAGCUGGCCCCGGGUCAGAGUCCUGGGCUCCUGGGAGUCAUCCCAGAGCUGGGAAAGCGUUUGGGACAUCUAGUCCAACUCCUUCAUUUUCAAAUGGGGAAGCUGAGAGGGUGAGUUGCUUGAGGUUCCCGUAGACUGUCUCCACUUUCGCCUUGGGAGGGUGGGAAGAGGGGCUGCCCCUGAGUCCUGCCCCUUGGAAGUUGGGAGGGCUGCUUCCGUGCAGGAAGAGUCCAGAGGAAUACUGUCUUGGUGCCUGGGUGUGGCUCAGUCCUCAGCUGGCUCCAUAGUUAUUUAUUUGUCUGUUUGCGUGUGCGAGUGAGUUCUGUGGUUGGGAGGCUGCGUCUGAGUGAAAGCAGAAGUCCCCUCACUAUGUCAGCUAUGCAGCAUGCAGAGUGGGCCUUACAGGGCCAGCCUGGAGAGAAAGAAAGGGGGCAGAGGCCCUUCUGCACAAUGGCUGUUGGUGCACAUUCAGUCCCUGUCUCGGUGCUUGCACACUUGCAUGUAAACAGCCCUUCCACGUUGCUAGCAGCUGCUUUUCCUUGCUGGCUUUAGGCAGAAGUGCCAAAAAUAACCAGGCAGGCACUUCCACUUGUGGGACAUUCACUGUGGUGGCCUCUGAGCAGGCUUGCUUGCUUUCUGCAGGCCCCAGUGUCUGCUGAGUCCCUGCUCCUGCUUCCUGUGGCCACCCUUCCCCAGCCUCCCUCAGGCCAUGGUGCCCUCCCUUUUAUUGCUCUUCUUAGAAUGAGCCCAAGAGGGUGGCUCAUCCUUGUGGGCCUGGAAGCUCUGCCAGGUAUUCUCAAGGAAAUACUCGACCUACUGUGUCCCUACAGGCCCUGCUGGCACAGCUAAGCCCAGAGGAGGCCUGUGCUGGGUGCCCUCCGGACUUGCUUGCCAGAACUCUCUGUCCUGGGUCCCUAGGCCAGAGGCCCUGUGUGCCUGCAGAGCCUGACACUGUUGCUAAGACUCUGAGUCUCCUUGCCCUGCUCCUGCCCAGCCAGCCCUGCUCUCAGGCAGCUGUGGAACUGGAAGAGUCAGGCCAUUCAUUUCCUCCAAGGUGUUAAAGACUGAUAAUGAUGAUGGAGCCACCCUUGCCGGCAAGGGGGAAAGGAAAUCCCAUCUACUGAGCAUGCUUACUUUGUGCCAGGCACUUCAUCUAUGUAUGACCUCAUUGAAUCCCGUAAUAACUGUAAGAGGAAGAUGUUGUACCCAUGCACCGAUGAGGAGCCUGAGGCUCGCAGAGUGGCUCCAGGACCCUGUGGAGCAUCAUGAACUGGGAAGCGUAGACAAGCUCAAGAACCUCUUCCGAAGAGGAAGGAAGAGCCAGCAGCUCUUUCUCCCUGUGCCUGACCCUGUUAUCCAGCAUCUUCCUCUGCCCCUGCUCUGCCCUCACUGGCUUGUAGACAAGGACUGGCCUUCCGACAGGAUCUUUCUCCAGGGGAUGGGCAACUGGUGAAGUAGGUCUCACUGCCAGGGCUCAGCUGGGCACACCAUGAACUUCCAAGCCCAGCCCAAGGCUCAAAACAAGCGGAAGCGUUGCACCUUUGGGGACCAGGAACCGGCUCCCAAGGAGCAGCCCCCUCCCCUGCAGGCCCCACAGCAGUCCAUCAGAGUGAAGGAGGAGCAGUACGGUGGGCACGAGGGCCUGGCAGGGGCAGCCUCCACCUCCCAGCCCGUGGAACUGCCCCCUCCCAGCAGCCUGGCCCUGCUGAACUCUGUGGUAUAUGGGCCUGAGCGGACCACAGCAGCCAUGUUGUCCCAGCAGGUGGGCUCAGUGAAGUGGCCCAACUCUGUGAUGGCUCCAGGGCGGGGCCCUGAGCGGGGAGGAGGUGGGGGUGUCAGUGACAGCAGUUGGCAACAGCAGCCGGGCCAGCCUCCACCUCAUUCAACCUGGAACUGCCACAGCCUAUCCCUCUACAGUGGACCGAAGGGGAGCCCUCAUCCUGGUGUGGGGGUCUCUACCUACUAUAACCACCCUGAGGCACUGAAGCGGGAGAAAGGAGGGGGCCCACAGCUGGACCGAUAUGGAAACGCGGUGCGGCCAAUGAUGCCACAGAAGGUGCAGCUGGAAGUAGGGCAGCCCCAGGCACCCCUGAAUUCUUUCCAUGCAGCCAAGAAACCCCCAAACCAGACGCUGCCCUUGCAACCGUUCCAGCUGGCGUUCGGCCCCCAGGUGAACCGGCAGGUCUUCCGGCAGGGCCCACCGCCCCCAAACCCCGUGGCCGCCUUCCCCCCACAGAAGACGCAGCAGCAGCAGCAGCAACAGCAGCAGCAGCAGCAGCAGCAGCAGCAGCAGCAGCAGCAGCAGCAGCAGCAGCAGCAGGCAGCCCUGCCUCAGAUGCCGCUCUUUGAGAACUUCUACCCCAUGCAGCAGCCCUCUCAGCAGCCCCAGGACUUUGGCCUGCAGCCAGCUGGGCCACUGGGACAGUCCCACCUGCCCCACCACAGCAUGGCGCCCUAUCCCUUCCCUCCCAACCCAGAUAUGAACCCAGAACUGCGCAAGGCCCUCCUGCAGGAGUCGGCCCCGCAGCCUGCGCUACCUCAGGUCCAGAUCCCCUUCCCUCGCCGCUCCCGCCGCCUCUCUAAGGAGGGGAUCCUGCCUCCCACUGCCCUGGAUGGGGCUGGCACCCAGCCUGGGCAGGAGCCCACCGGCAAUCUGUUCCUACAUCACUGGCCCCUGCAGCAGCCGCCACCUGGCUCCCUGGCACAACCCCAUCCUGAAGCUCUGGGAUUCCCGCUGGAGCUGAGGGAGUCGCAGCUGCUGUCUGAUGGGGAGAGACUGGCACCCAAUGGUCGGGAGCGGGAGGUUCCCACCAUGGGCAGCGAGGAGGGCAUGAGGGCAGUGGGCACAGGGGACUAUGGGCAGGUGCUACGGGGUGGGGUGAUCCAGAGCACGCGACGGAGGCGCCGGGCGUCCCAGGAGGCCAAUUUGAUGACCCUGGCCCAAAAGGCGGCGGAGCUGGCCUUACUGCAGAAUGCAAAGGAUGCCAGCGGCUCUGAGGAAAAGCGGAAAAGUGUACUAGCCUCAACUACCAAAUGUGGGGUGGAGUUUUCUGAGCCUUCCUUAGCCGCCAAGCGAGCUCGAGAAGACAGCGGGAUGGGACCUCUCAUCAUCCCAGUGUCUGUGCCUGUGCGGUCUGUGGACCCAACUGAGGCAGCCCAAGCUGGAGGUGUUGAUGAGGACGGGAAGGGUCCUGAACAGAACCCCACUGAGCAUAAGCCAUCAGUCAUUGUCACCCGCAGGCGGUCGACCCGCAUUCCCGGCACAGAUAUUCCAGCACAGGCUGAGGACAUGAAUGUCAGGUUGGAAGGGGAGCCUUCUGUGCGGAAACCAAAGCAGCGGCCGAGGCCUGAGCCUCUGAUCAUCCCCACCAAGGCCGGCACUUUCAUCGCCCCACCCGUCUACUCCAACAUCACCCCAUACCAGAGCCACCUUCGAUCUCCUGUCCGCCUGGCAGAUCACCCCUCCGAGCGGAGCUUUGAACUGCCCCCCUACACGCCACCCCCCAUCCUCAGUCCCGUGCGGGAAGGCUCUGGCCUCUACUUCAAUGCCAUCAUAUCGACUAGCAGCAUCCCGGCCCCCCCUCCCAUCACGCCGAAGAGUGCCCAUCGCACCCUGCUCCGGUCUAACAGCGCCGAAGUCACCCCGCCCGUCUUGUCUGUGAUGGGGGAGGCCACUCCAGUGAGCAUCGAGCCACGUAUCAACGUGGGCUCCCGGUUCCAAGCAGAAAUCCCCUUGAUGAGGGACCGCGCCCUGGCAGCUGCAGACCCCCACAAGGCAGACUUGGUGUGGCAGCCAUGGGAGGACCUAGAGAGUAGCCGCGAAAAGCAGAGACAAGUGGAAGACCUGCUGACAGCUGCCUGUUCCAGCAUUUUCCCUGGAGCUGGCACCAACCAGGAGCUGGCCCUGCACUGCCUGCACGAGUCCAGGGGAGACAUCCUGGAAACGCUGAAUAAGCUGCUACUGAAGAAGCCCCUGCGGCCCCACAACCACCCACUGGCAACUUAUCACUACACAGGCUCCGACCAGUGGAAGAUGGCUGAGAGGAAGCUGUUCAACAAGGGCAUUGCCAUCUACAAGAAGGAUUUCUUCUUGGUCCAGAAGCUGAUCCAGACCAAGACCGUGGCCCAGUGCGUGGAGUUCUACUACACCUACAAGAAGCAGGUGAAAAUCGGCCGCAACGGGACUCUAACCUUUGGGGAUGUGGAUACAAGUGACGAGAAGUCAGCCCAGGAAGAGGUUGAAGUGGAUAUUAAGACUUCCCAGAAGUUCCCAAGGGUGCCUCCUCCCAGAAGAGAACCCCUAAGUGAAGAGAGGCUGGAGCCCAAGAGGGAAGUGAAAGAGCCCAGGAAGGAGGGGGAGGAGGAAGAGCCAGAGAUCCAGGAGAAGGGGGAACAGGAAGAGGGGCGAGAGCGCAGCCGGCGGGCAGCAGCUGUCAAAGCCACGCAGACACUACAGGCCAAUGAGUCGGCCAAUGACAUCCUCAUCCUCCGGAGCCAUGAGUCCAACGCCCCCGGGUCUGCCGGCGGCCAAGCCUCGGAGAAGCCAAGGGAGGGGGCAGGAAAGUCACGAAGGGCACUACCUUUUUCGGAAAAGAAGAAAAAACCGGAGACAUUUAAUAAGACCCAAAAUCAGGAGAACACUUUCCCUUGUAAAAAAUGCGGCAGGGUGUUUUUCAAGGUGAAGAGCCGCAGUGCCCACAUGAAGAGCCACGCGGAGCAGGAGAAGAAGGCGGCGGCGCUGAGACAGAGGGAGAAGGAGGCCGCUGCCGCCGCAGCCGCCGCGGUCGCCUCGCACCAGCAGGCCCUGCGGGAGGAGAGCGGCGCGGGCGACAAGGGCUGAGUGCGGGGGGGCCCUCUCUCUGGGUCCCGGGCCCCUGUACCGCUGCCCGCAAACACCCUGGAACCUCAGGAGGGAGUGAGGAGAGAAUCACAUGGACCUUUCUCUGCAAAACAAAUUAAGACAGUGAAAUAAACGGCUCUUUUAUUUAUAAAGGCCCCAGGAGCAGUGUUAAGGGCUGCAGGAUCCAGUUCUCUUUGUCCUCAUGCUUUCCCGGAACAUGAGAGUCCCGGUCCCCUCUGGAGGGGCCCCACCGCCGCCGCCGCCUCUCACACUCCGAUCUCUGCUGCUGUGCUGCCCAGGGCAGGCUCUUCGCUCCUCUUUGCCUCCCCUCCUCCUCUCGCUCUCCAGGAAGCCGCCACGGUGAGCCAAGCACAAGCUCACCCUCCUUACAAUGUUAUUCUUCCUCCCCAGAGGACCUCAAAGGCUGCACAGGCCCUGCCCCAAACCCCAGAAACAAGGACUCCCUUUUAAGGAGUGUAGUGGCCAUCUCUGAGAGCCUGACACUUGUGCUAUGCCUGUACUACAGUGUCCAGGCCUGUCUUAGCUGCUCCAGUGACCUGUCCUCAGAGUGGCUAUGUUUUCCCUGGGAGGGAGGCCUAGACAGGUACUAUCCCUUUGCUGCUUGCCAGCAGCCCUGCUGAGGCUAGAAAGUUUUCUCAAAUGUUUGGGGAGGGAGCCAUUGUUUUUGGCCAAAGCUCUCAGCCCACUUCAGGGAAGAGAAACGUACAGAGGCUGGAAGCUGCAAGGCUAGGCCUGACAGAGCUUUUGACAUGCCUGGCUCUUCCUGCCUCCCACUUUUUUGCCAAAUACCUUUGAGUCCUGGAGGCUGCUAAGGGAGCUUAGCCUCGAGCAGGUACUGGAGAGACCUAGCCUGCUCUUCCUUGGUGCCAGCUCCCUGUUUGCCUCUGCCCUGCCGUCAGCAGCUGCCAUCUCACUCUACCACACCCCAUCCAAUGUUGAUGUCCACAGCCCAGCCCCCAGUUCUGUACGCUGGAGAUUUCUGGAUCCUUCCCUAGGAGAGGGAGGUCUCCUAACUAGAUUGGACAGGAGCCUUCAUUCCUUGACUUAUGUCAUUUGGGAGCUAUUUAUUUAUUCUUAAUAUUUAAUUUCGAACAUCCUCUCAGGGACCAGGGGCCUCCUGCUUUCCAGAGGCCCAAGUGCAUUUAUCCCAAAACAAGGCACCUUCUUGACAUCCCUAUCCCCACCCCCAGUUCCCAAGGCCCUAAGGUCCCUCAACUCGUUGCUCUGGAAGCUCUUGCCGAUAGGAAUGGUAGUAGCACUGAAAGGGGGUGGGAAGGUAGAGGGUGUCACCAAAGCCACAUAAAGACUAGCAGGAGCAAGGGAGAUCAAAGGCAUUGGUUGCUGCUGCCCCUUCUCUGCUGUACUUUAAAAUUGCCUGAGGGAUUGGCAAGAGGCCAGAAUUCUAGUUUUGUUUAUCAGGCCUGGAGUCUGGCUUGAAGAAGCCAUAUUUGGCAUGGAGUCACUAAAAUGAAAGGGACAGAGGUUCUGGAGGCCCCCUCACUUGCCAGUCCCAUAGGGGGACUGAGUUAUUUUUCUGCUAUUACUCAACUUUAAUUGUGCAAAAGAAAUUCUAAGUGGAUGCAUAUAUGACAGGUCAGUAUGUUAGGAAGGAGCCCAAAACUAUUUAUUCUGCUCUCCUUAUAUGGUAGCCUAAAGGCAUCAUGCCAGUAACUGGGAGUGGAGAAGGAGUUUUGUUUUGAAACUAUGCACAAUUAGGUCGGCAUCCAUUUAUACAUUAAUAUGGUUCUACAGGAUCCCAGCUAUGGAAGUGACAAAAUUAUUCUCCCCCCAGACUCCUGGAUAACUACCUAGAUCUGCAAUUUCCCAGUCCUCCAUAGGCUUUUGCAAGCUCAGUGCCCCAAAACUUCAAAAAUCUGGUGUACCCUUUAACAGCAGGAGGGUAACAAAUUUAGGCUCUCUUCUAAGUUACUUUAUAUGAGUGCCUUUGCAGCUUAGCCCCAAAGUGCUACUUAUGUUUCCCAAGGUUUUUCCUACUUAAACCAUAUUUAGUUUCAGGCCCCUUUAUGGACAUGUGAUAACAGAAACCUCCUUCAUUCAUAUGAGACCCUUCUAUUCAGUGGUAACAUCCAGUACUUGGAAAUCUUUUUUAGUAAGAAAAUGAGCCAACUCUUCUAAGCUCACAAAGAUCAGACAAGGUGAAUAACUGGUGAAAAUCAGGAUGUUACCUGUCUGUAAUCCCACCAGACACCAUAUUUAGGUAGGGUUCAUGCUCCAGGAUUCAUUUAUAUGUAGAAUGCAAUGUGAAAAUUAAAAUGUUUAGAGGGCAGAUGCAAUUGUGGCAAGUGACCUGCCAAUAAAGUAGGUGCAGCUAUAGAAGCUGGCAUAGGUAUAUCCUUAAUGGUGCUUUCUCCCUGUGAACACAUUAGGCUUAUCUUUUGUUGUUUUUUCCUUCUCUUCAGAGCUCUUUGCUUUAAGAAGCUAAAUGAUAAACACCUCCAACUUUAUAAAGUCUUCUGCAUACCAUCUCACCAUAUCUAUCUCCUGGCCUCUAUCCGCAUUCACCUAAGGGUGUGCAACUGACCUAGUGCCUGUGUUCCAGACCACUUCUGAGGUCUCUACCCAUCCAAGGAGACAGUGCCAUCAUUACUGUCCUCCAUGCCUUUGGCAGCCCCCUUACAACUAAGAUACACGCCGCCCCUUCCGCCGCCCCACCUCCACCCCUGGCACAGAGAUCUUUUGCUGCUUAUGUCUAAAGGGAUUGCCUAUAUUUAACUGCCUCAGUGAUCUAACCUCUUUCUUCUCAUGUGCCAGAUGUUAAGAUGAAGGAGGAAUACAAUACAUACUCAAGCCUCAGCUGUUUAAAUAUGUUUUCACUGGGGCUCACUUUUCUGGGAUGGUAUUUAUUAUCAGACUGGCAAGCCUAACUCCUUAGGUUUACAGGAAGUAUGCAUAUUAUAAAACAAUUGUGUCCUCCCCACAUCUUGCUGUGUUAAUAUUUGCCUCUAACAAUUUGCAGCUGUUUCACUUUUUCCUUACUCGUCUCAAGUUGAAGGCCUUGGAGGGGACAGAGCACAGGAACAGCCUUGACAGUCUGUAAUUAGUGUACAAAUAUUUUAAUAGCAUAUAAAUAAGUAUAUUCCUUUUAUUUUGAAACAAAAAUGAUCAGACACUGCCUUUUGUGAGUUUGCUGCCUGUGGCACCCUUUUUUAAAAAGACUGUUACAUAUUAAAAUAGUGUACAUAUAUAUAAAUAUUACCUCUUUUGCUGUACAGUUGUGAUAGACCAGACUGAAGAUUUUAUUUUUUGUGUGCUUUUUAUAAGAAAAAAUUAAUACACUAAAGAGAAUCUUGCUGAUGUGAUUGUAAUGUACCUAUGUAACUUAUUUACUUUUGAAUGUUCUGUAUCUUUAAACCUUUUAUUAAAUAAGGUUUUAAAAAUUCA